CAGCCGCGGAGCCAGCCCCAGCGCACCGAGGGAGGCUGCCGGGGGCGGCGGGCGCCCCGUCCGCUCGGCGGGGGCCGGGGGGAGGACCAUUAAGGCGAGACCUGAAAAGAUGAGUUGUUGUUAGUUUUCUGCUCACUGAAGAUAUCACUGAUCAGAAAUCUUUUCUGCUGGAUUUUGAAAACUUGCGGGGCACGACUUUGGACGUUCCCCAUUGAGAUCACGCUCUAUAUUCAUAAGCAGAAGGAGCAGGAAGAAUCUCCUGACUCCCUGAACUUCAAGGUUAUCACUAUGUUGUAUUGGUGAGCGUGCCUGAGGGGAGACAAACACAAGAGAGGAGAGACAAUUGAACAUCACCAUUGGCUGGGACCUGAAAAAAUGGUGCUGGAUGAACAGAGGAUUAGAACUUAAUUGUAAAAGGGAAAUAAAGUCUUGCCGGGCGAUUUUCUUCAUUUCUGCAUUCAUCAUGGCCCAGAUUCUCUGGCUGGCUGGUUGAUGGGACUGUCCAGCGCUUGCUGCUUGGCUUCAGUGCAGAUCCCCUGUGCCUACAGACUGAAAGACCUGGGAUCAGGUGGGAAUUGGAUGGUGCCAAAGCCGGGAAUGGGAAGAGACAUGGACUCUGACGAGCUAAGAUGGAAGUGACUUGACAGCUUCAAGCUCAGCAGUUGUCUCCAGUAAGGACAGGUUAAGGUUGGAAUCACAAGCUUCACUGGGAGAGCAGUAUGCAGGAAGCUGGUUUUCAGGCCACAAAUGCUUUCACAGAGUGCAAAUUCACCUGCGCCAGUGGUAAAUGCUUGUAUCUUGGUUCAUUGAUUUGUAACCAACAGAAUGACUGUGGGGAUAACAGUGAUGAAGAGAACUGUCUGCUUGUAACAGAGCAUCCACCUCCAGGCAUCUUUAGCUCUGAACUGGAGUUUGUUCAAAUCAUCAUUAUAAUUGUGGUUAUAACUGUUAUGGUGGUAGUGAUCAUCUGCUUGUUGAACCAUUACAAACUCUCGACACGCUCUUUUAUCAACCGGCAGAGCCAAAGCAGAAGACAGGAAGAAACUUUGCAGACGGAAGGGUGCUUGUGGCCUUCGGAAAGCUUGGUAUCGCGCCAGGGUGCUUCAGAGAUUAUGUAUGCUCCAAGGUCCAGGGACAGGUUUACCGCCCCAUCCUUUAUGCAGCGGGACCGUUUCAGUCGCUUCCAGCCCACUUACCCUUACAUGCAGCAUGAGAUCGACCUUCCUCCGACCAUUUCCCUCUCGGACGGGGAAGAGCCGCCGCCGUACCAAGGCCCGUGCACCCUGCAGCUCCGGGACCCAGAGCAGCAGAUGGAGCUCAACCGGGAAUCCGUCAGGGCGCCGCCCAACCGAACCAUUUUUGAUAGCGACUUGAUAGACAUCUCGAUGUACAAUGGGGGCCCCUGCCCACCAAGCAGCAAUUCGGGCAUAAGUGCAACCAACUACAGCAGUAAUGGAAGGAUGGAAGGACCGCCCCCGACGUACAGCGAGGUCAUGGGGCACUACCCAGGCUCCUCUUUUUUCCAUCACCAGCACAGCAACGCGCCUCCUCCCUCGCAGAGGGGGAGCAGACUUCAGUUUCAGCAGAACAAUUCAGAGAGCACAAUUGUCCCCAGCAAAGGCCAGGACCGGAAACCAGGGAACCUGGUCUGAGUCACUCUCCCAGGUGCAUUUGAACUGAAGACGAGAUCCAAGCAGGGCGGCGGAGGAAGACCCCCGUGCUCCGGUGCACAAUGUUGUUACAUUUCACGUGGUACAACUUAGUAAAACCAAACGUGCAAACCA